GGAAUUCAUCUCCAGCUUUUAUUUAGCCGCGCGUUGUGUGAAAAUCAUUCUACUCUGGGCUUAGGCAGAUGUGGGAAUAAUUUGACUGGGGUAGGCGAGAGAAUCGUUGCAAUCGUUUCUGUUGGAUCUGCAUUGCAGUGGCGAUCGUCUCGUUCGUGGCGCUCUCAUUCUUCGUUUCGGAGCAGAGUGCGACGAUCAAGUAAUCUGGACGGAAUCAUAUCACCACCGACGCCGCUUCUAUGGAGGCGGAGGUCGAGCGGGUGGGGGAGUUCAAAGCCACGCGGAAUUACGUCAAGCCAGGAACUACUGGAAGGCCCAAUCUUAGGUUGCAACCUCUGAGCGUCUUCACAACGUCAAAGCCUACUAGACUCCUCACAAAAAUUCAUGGCAAGUGGUACGAUUUGACUGAAUUCGAGAGACUUCAUCCGGGAGGACCCGUGACGCUUGGUCUGGCGCGAGGUCGUGAUGCCACCAUCAUGUUUGAGAGUCACCAUCCCUUCACUGACCGGAAAAUAUUAGACGCGAUUUUGAUGAAGUAUGAAAUUAGCUCUUCGAAUAGUAGGAAUCUGGAGACUCUUGAGCAGCGGUAUGGCGUAGCGGAGCACUCGUUUCAAUGGCCGAGCGCUUUCGGUGAGGCCCUGAAAUUUGAUGUGAAGCAAUACUUUGAAUCGGAGGCGAAGAGGCGGAAUAUCUCCCUCCGAGAAGCAACCAAGGCCACCCCAGCGCGGUGGAUUGAGAUCUCGAUCCUUGGAGCCCUUUAUUUAAGUACAUUCCCCGGAUUCUUCACAGGCGAUUGGAGAUUUUUACUUCUUUUCCCCCUCAUGGCGUGGCUCAUUGGAGUGAACACCUUUCACGACGCGACCCACUUCGCUCUGUCGGCCAACUGGAGGUGGAAUGCCUUAGUUCCUUACGCUUACCCUUUCUUUUCUUCCCCCUUUGCUUGGUACCACCAGCACAAUAUAGGUCAUCACAGCUACCCGAACCUCUCUGAUCGGGAUCCCGAUGUGUUGCAUUACUAUUGGAUGAAGCGCGAGCACAGGGAGGUGAAAUGGUUUCCCCGUCACAGGAAUCAGAGCACUUGGUGGUACAUGCUCUUGUGGUGGGGUGUGGCGGUCGAAGUUGGCAUGGCGAUCAUGGAGGAUGCGUGGAUGCUGCAGAGCAAUCUUUACAACGAGGUUGUGCCCAUGAUGGCCAUUAGCGGGCUACGCAGGAUUGCGCACAUCCUCGGAAGAGUAUUGACGAUCGGCGUCAUUCACGCCUGGCCUUUCUUCACAAUGACGUGGGGGAAGGCUUUCGCGUUCUCCCUCAUCCCGUAUCUGUUUUUCUCGAUAGUCUUCAUGAUGAACACUCAGAUCAACCAUCUCCUUCCUCACAUCAUCCACGUCUCGGACGUCGAUUGGUACAAGCACCAGGUCAUCACUGCCCAGGAUUUCGGCGUCGGUAGCAAGUUCUGCCAUCUCUUCAGCGGGGGCUUGAAUUACCAAGUGGUCCAUCACCUGUUCCCGACGGUGAACCACUGUCAUCUCCCGAAACUGCAACCCAUUGUCGCUCGGCUCUGCGAGAAAUACGACGUCCCUUACGUGACUGCAAGAGGCUACAUUCAUGCCAUCCAACUCCAUCACCUGCACACGUCAAACAUGUCCACAAAGUGGGAGAGAAGACAAAUACAAAGUGAUUUCGACAGACAAGUGAGGACAGUGCUUGGUAUAUUCGGCAGGUGAUGCGUCGUUGAACGUUUCCAGACUGGAUAAACUUGAAAAGAUAACGUCUCUGCUUAAUAGGAUCACUCGCAGCGAGCACCGAGCCUUGAUGUGCUGAGUAGUUAUAUUGAGGCGUAAGAUACUAAUACAGUCUGUGCAACUGGCGCUAUAAAAAGCAAACAUCCUUCCCUGGAUCUGAUCUAUAUUCUAUUCCUCUGCCAAUCUAUAAUUGCGACAGUUCCGAAGGCAUUAGAUAUGACCGGUAACUUCGAACCGGAGCUCACAGUUAUGCUCAGGUUUACGCAUUGACAACUCACCUUAUGGAUAGGAAUAAAGUAGUUUACUGAAGGUUUUAACACUCAACUCAAGUGAGCGUUUAGAUUUAAAGAUGGUCAGAAGGCACUGCUAGUGCAAAGGAUUCAUAUAGAUACACAUAUACGUCACCAAGUGAGUGCAUAGCUCAUAUAAAAAUUGUUCUUAUGGUCAAUAUAUCCUUAACUGAAUUGGGAGAUUUGUUAAUUCAUUA